AUGCGCGUGUUUAUUAUUGUUAUAAUUCAAAUAGCAUUUGUGGGUUCUAACCUGCAAAUAAAAGACGCUGCAGAUAAAAUAAAAUCAAUUUUAACACGGUACAAAAACUUCAGAGAUCGUAGGUGUGUUAAACCUAAUUUAAAACUAGACAGUUUUGUGGACAGCACCGUGAACUUUCUAGUGAAAACUGAACGUUUUGGUGAUUUCUUGAAGAGCUACAACGCGAGUGAGUGUGCAGGAGAUAUAACGAAUAGUGCACACUAUUUAGAGCGGCACAUAGAUGGUUUGUUGAUACAUGAAAAUGUUUCAGAUAGGCAUUGGGAUGAAUAUAAAUCUGUUUUCGACAAAUCAUACAUCUCACAACACCACGAGAUGGCAGCAUGGGCGACGUGGCUUGAUAACUUGAAACUGAUCGCCAGACAUAACAGAGACUAUUUGUCCGGGAAGCAUUCUUACUCACUGCAUUUGAACCAUUUUGCUGAUUGGGAUGUGAGCGAUUACGUCACUGACAUUCUAAAGCUGAUAUCCACGAUACCCUUGUUCGAUCCAGCUAGAGAUUACAGCAGAAGUGCCUACCGAAGAAUCAAACAUCGCAGUGUACCUAGAACGGUGGAUUGGAGGAGCCGGGGUUUUACGCCGCGUCGUGAGGAACAGUGGCACUGUGGGGCGUGUUACGCCUUUGCUGUAACCCACGCUCUGCAAGCUCAGCUAUAUAGGAAACACAGGCAGUGGAGAGAGCUAAGUCCCCAGCAAAUUGUAGACUGCAGCUUCAAAGACGGUAAUAUGGGCUGCGAUGGCGGAUCUUUGCAGGCCGCGUUGAGAUAUGCGUCUCGAGCCGGCCUCGCCAUGGAGGCGCAGUAUCCAUACCUUGGAAAGAGAGGCGUAUGCCACUACAGCCAUAGUUUGGUUCGUGUACGACCCCGACGCUGGGCAACACUGCCCUCUGGGGACGAGGCGGCGUUGGAACGUGCUCUGGCCACAAUCGGACCCCUCGCCGUCGCCGUUAAUGCCGCCCCCAUAACUUUCCAGUUCUAUAGAAAUGGUAUCUACGAUGACCCAUUCUGUGUACCCUGGAAGAUGAAUCACGCAAUGCUUCUCGUUGGAUAUACACCACAGUACUGGAUACUUCUGAACUGGUGGGGGCGGCAUUGGGGGGAAGAUGGAUAUAUGAGAAUUCGUCGAGGUUUGAACACGUGCGGCGUUGCCAACAUGGCGGUAUAUGUCGAGUUGUAA